AUGGGCACCGGUUAUACCUCAUUCUCUCCCAACCGCCAGGACAAGAACCACAUAGCACAUGAGCUUAAAGUGUUAGCAAAGUUCUGUACGGUGGCGAAUUUUUAUUUGGCGUUUGCGCAGGGGUUGAGUCUGGUGCCGGUGGUGAAGAAAGUUGAUUUGCCUACGGCGGAUGUGGAGAGGGCGUUGGGGCAGAUGGAGGACGUGUUUGAGUUGGACUGUAAAGAUGCGGUGAGGGUGAGUGCGAAGACUGGGGUUGGGAUUGCAGAGGUUCUGCCGGCGGUGUUUGAGAAGGUUAGGCCGCCGGAGGGGGAUCCAAAGGGGAAUUUGAGGAUGUUGUUGGUGGAUAGUUGGGUGUUUGAUGGGACGGUGAAGGCGGGGGAUAGGUUGGUUAGUUUUGCGACGGGGAAUGAGUAUGUUGUGGGGGAGGUGGGGAUACAGUAUUCUAAUGAGGUGCAGCAAAAGCUGUUGAGGGCGGGACAGGUGGGGUAUGUUUUUUUCAAUCCGGGGAUGAAGAGGAUACAGGAUGCAAAGAUUGGGGAUACGUUUACGACCAAGGGGAAGGAGAGGGAGGUGGAACCGUAUCCGGGCUUUGAGGAGCCGAAGCCGAUGGUGUUUGUGGCGGCUUUUCCGACGGAUCAGGGGGAUUAUGAGAAGCUGAAGGAGAGUAUUGGGCAGUUGGUGCUGAAGGAUAGGAGUAUUACGAUGCUGAGGGGGGAGUAUGGGAGUGAUAUUAUUAUUACGGAGCCGGCGGUGCCGGUUAAGAUUGUGUGGAGUGAUGAGAAGGAGGAGAUUAUCACGAACCCGGCCGAGUUUCCGGAUGGGGAGGAUCACAGGCUAAAGAGGGCGACGUUGUAUAAGCCAAUAGUGGCGGCGACGAUUACCCUGCCGGAGCAGUAUCUGGGACGAGUGAUGGAGUUUUGUGAGAGUGUGAGGGGGGUGCAGAAGAGCGUCGAGUUCUUUUACGCGACGCAGGUGAUUCUUAAGUAUGAGUUGCCCACGGCGAGUUUGGUGGAUGACCUGUUUGGCAAGUUGAAGGGCGCAACUAAGGGGUAUGCGACGCUGGACUAUGAGGAUGCCGGGUGGAGGGAGAGCAGUUUGGUGAAGCUGAAUGUGCUGGUGAAUAAGGUACCGGUGGAUGCGGUGGCGAGAGUGGUGCAUAGCAGCCAGGUGGAGAGGCUGGGGAGGCAGUGGGUGACCAAGUUUAAGGAGCAUGUGGAUAGGCAGAUGUUUGAGGUCAUCAUCCAAGCUGCGGCUGGCAAGAGAGUCGUUGCAAGAGAAACGUUGAAGCCAUUCAGAAAAGAGGUCCUGGCCAAGCUGCAUGCCAGUGAUAUCGGGCGGAGGAGGAAGCUGCUUGACAAGCAAAAGGCCGGACGUAAAAGGUUGAGGGCGGUGGGCAACGUGGUCAUUGAUCUGUCGGCCUUCCAGAAAUUUUUAACAAAGUAG